UGACGACAUGAAUGGACAUGGCCCCGCCCAUUAGCCACACCCCCUGCGCAUUCACGGGGGAAGCCACCUGAAUCGGUCAGGUCAGGUCCAUCCUCAGGUACCUCAAGUAAACAUCAACACACCGCUCCUCAGGAGUCUACGGCAACGUCAGAGCCGAGAUGGGGCGAAAGGAGAUCAUCUGCAGCUGGAAGAAAAGCACCAGUAACAUCAAGGAAGUGUUUGACUUCAAGGGGAAAAUGGGAUCGGGGUCUUUUUCAGAGGUUUUUAUGGUGAGAGAGAAGAACACAGGACAACUGUAUGCCCUGAAAUGUCUGAAGAAAAAACACCUUGCUCAUACCAACCUGGAAAAUGAAAUCAACGUACUAAGAAGGAUAAAGCACGAGAACGUAGUGGGACUGGAGGACUUCUACGAGAGUCGAACGCACUAUUACCUGGUCAUGCAACUGGUAUCAGGUGGGGAGCUGUUUGAUCGCAUUUUAGACAAGGGAGUGUACACUGAAAGGGAUGCCAGCAUGGUGAUCAAACAGGUGCUGCAGGCUGUCAGCUACCUGCAUGAAAACAGCAUUGUACACAGGGACCUCAAGCCUGAGAACCUGCUAUACUACAACACAGAUGAGAAUUCUAAGAUCAUGGUCAGUGACUUUGGUCUGUCUAAGACUUUGGAGCAUGGUGUGAUGUCCACAGCCUGUGGUACACCAGGAUAUGUUGCCCCUGAGGUUUUGGCCCAGAAACCCUACAGCAAAGCAGUGGACUGCUGGUCCAUCGGAGUUAUCACGUACAUUCUACUCUGUGGCUACCCUCCAUUCUUUGAAGACAAUGAAACUCGUCUGUUUUCAAAGAUCAUGCGAGCUGAGUACGCUUUUCACUCACCCUUCUGGGACAACAUCUCUGAGCCAGCCAAAGACUUUAUCAGGAACAUGAUGGAGAAAAACCCCAAGAAACGCUUCCUCACUGAGCAGGCACUCAGACAUCCCUGGAUUGCUGGAAAUGCAGCUAACAGCAUCGACAUUUCUCAGUCCGUCUGUGAACAGAUGGAGAGAAACUUUGCCAAAUCUAAAUGGAAGCAAGCCUUCAAUGCAGCCUCAGUAGUCCACCACAUGAAGAAACUGCAGUUGUCCCACAGUGAGUCCUCCCCUCUACCCCUCUCCAUGCCCCACAUCCUUGUAGAUUCCUCCACCCAGAAUGACAUUGAGAUGCUGGGACGCUGCAAUGGUGAGGCUGACGCCCUUGACCCAAAUGGGAAUCUCAUUCAUGCCGCCAGUCUUCUAUCCUGCCGUAAUUCUGACUCAGGCGGAGGAGUCUGUCACAGUGAGCCAGGCAACACCCUCACUGAUGAUGAGACAAGAGAAGUCACUAACUUCCAGUCAGAGACAGCUGCUCCUUUCAGGCCAUCCAAGAGUCUGAAUGCUGUGGCUCAGAGGAAUGACCAGUCGUUCCAGUCCGGAGUGUGUUCUGUCAUGUGAAUGGCUGACUAUCCUGAGAUACAUCUCGUGCAGUUUGUCUCUUGGGUUGAGGAAAUUCUGGCAUCCACCUUGGUAUGAAGGUGUUGAUACAUCUGCUGUUCAGCUUUAUCAUGUCUGUUGUGCUUCUCUGCUGCAUAUAACAUGUUCCAUCCACAGAAACUUACAGUAUCUUACACUUGGAAUGACUGUAUACAGGCAGUGAACACCAGAUUAAAACGGACACAAGCAGGAAUUCAUACAUUUAGAAUUCAUGCAAAACGCUGUUACGCUGAUGACAUUUACUUUCUCAAAACUAUUAUUAUCUUUUGUAUGUUACUCAAUACCAUCCAUUAAAAUUUAUUUAUUUUCAAUAGAUUUAAGUGAUAUAUGCAAUGUGAAAGCAAAUUUAUGAUCCCUUUUUUUGAAACUGACUUGGCUAUAUUUUUCAUUCUAAUGGCUUAUAAGUUUUAAUGAAGCUGAUUAGCUUUUUCAAAAACUUAAGGGUCACAUCAUUUGUAUGCCCUACAUAUCUUAAUAAUGUUAAUUACUUCAUAUUCACAAUUGUACACUAUAACACAAUCUGGGUAUGUACCUUUAAACUGUAGUGUUUGGACAUUGCAGGCAGGUCUUUGGAUCUGUAUUAUGAUGUUUCCAUACAGAUGUAUUCCAUCAUAUAUCCUACUUCCACUCUAUGUAAAAUGUAUGAGAUUAAACUUUAUUUUGAAGUGGAGUCACUGACAGAUAACAAUCAGGUGUUUGCUGUGUUUUCUGUGACAUAUACACAUGCUGCUCUCUUGUUGAACAACUGAACUCAUUAAGUGCCACAAGCUGAUGUAAAGAUGCUGAACAUUAAGUAAUGUCAUGGAUUAUUCUGAAAUCACAAAUGUAGUGACACAUCAUGUUUUUGUAUUAUUUUCUCAAUAAACAUGCAGUAACAAGU